GUUUUGGGAAAAGAGAGAUUUUACUCGAUUUGGUUGGAAUUUCAGAGCCAGACUCCACUCCUCUCUUCUUUCCCCUCCCUCGCUACCCUGCUCUGCCACCGGCCACCGCCAGCUGCCACCGUCGUACUCACCGCCGACGCCUCGAUCCGGUACCGGCGCACGGCCCAUUUCAUCUUCCUCCCGACCCACCCCGCGCGCGCCCUACAGCUUCCGCCGUUCCGCGCGGUACCGCCGACGCCCCAAUCGCCGUACCCCAUCCCCAAUACACACGCCCCGGCCUCCCGCCUCCCGCCUCCCACGCGCGUCGCCGCCACCGCCACCGCCGUUCCCCUCCUUCCGCGCCGGCUUACCAUCUCAGAUCCGCUCGCGGGCGAGCCCCCAUGGCGGGGCUGGAGGAGCUGAGGAAGAAGCUGCAACCGUUGCUGUUCAACAACGCGGCGGACAAGGACGGGGUCAGCACCAGGGCCCCCUUCCCGGAGGACACCUGCGACUCCUAUGUGGUAUCUGAUGGUGGAACGAUAAAUUUGCUGAGUAGAUCGUUUGGUGAGUAUAACAUCAAUGAGCAUGGCUUUCAUAAGCGAAGCAGCGGGCCCGAUGAGUCGAUUGAGGGUGAGAAGGCGUACCGCUGUGCCUCAGAAGAUAUGCACAUAUUUGGUCCCAUUGGGAAUGGCGCCAGCAGUGUUGUGCAGAGAGCUAUUUUCAUACCUGUCCAUCGGAUUCUGGCCUUGAAGAAGAUAAACGUAUUCGAGAAGGAGAAAAGGCAACAAAUUCUUAAUGAGAUGAGAACAUUAUGUGAAGCAUGCUGCUAUCCUGGUUUAGUUGAAUUCCAGGGUGCAUUUUACAUGCCGGAUUCUGGACAAAUAAGCAUUGCCCUUGAAUACAUGGAUGGUGGCUCUCUAGCAGACGUUAUAAGAGUAAAGAAAUCAAUACCCGAGCCAGUUCUUGCACAUAUGCUAAAGAAAGUACUACUUGGCCUGAAGUACUUGCAUGAAGUAAGACAUCUAGUUCAUAGAGAUAUUAAGCCAGCAAAUAUGCUGGUAAAUCUCAAGGGUGAUGCAAAAAUUACAGACUUUGGUGUAAGUGCCGGUUUGGACAAUACAAUGGCUAUGUGUGCUACCUUUGUAGGCACCGUGACAUAUAUGUCACCUGAGAGAAUUCGAAAUGAGAACUACUCUUAUGCUGCUGAUAUUUGGAGUCUUGGACUAACGAUAUUGGAGUGUGCUACUGGUAAAUUUCCAUACAAUGUCAAUGCAGGCGCAGCCACUUUAAUGCUGCAGAUCCUUGAUGAUCCAUCACCAACACCAUCAGAGGAUGUCUAUACACCAGAGUUUUGUUCCUUCAUCAAUGAUUGCUUGCAGAAAGAUGCUGAUGCCAGGCCUACAUGUGAGCAGCUUUUAUCACAUCCAUUUAUCAAGAGGUACGAGGAAGCUGGUGUUGAUUUAGCAGCAUACGUCAAGGGUGUUGUUAAUCCAACAGAAAGAUUAAAGCAAAUAGCAGAGAUGCUUGCUGUUCACUAUUACCUCCUGUUUAAUGGCUCAGAUGGGCCUUGGAAUCAUAUGAAGACAUUCUACAUGGAAGAAUCAACUUUCAGUUAUAAAGGCACCGCAUAUGUUGGACAAAGCGACAUAUUUGGCAAAUUAUCAACUAUACGGAGGAAGUUGAAAGGCGACCGGCCUCGCGAAAAAAUCGUCCAUGUCGUCGAGAAGCUCCAUUGUCGUGCGAACGGGGAGACAGAGAUCGAUAUCCGUGUGUCUGGGUCAUUCAUUACGGGCAACCAAUUUCUAGUAUUUGGUGAAGGGUUGCAAGCCGAAGGGAUGCCCAGAUUGGACGAGCUCGCGAUUGACAUCCCAAGCAAGCGGGUAGGUACAUUUCGAGAGGCGUUCACCAUGCGGCCAGGGAGUUCCAUGGGGUGCUAUUACAUUGCGAAGCAAGAUCUCUACAUCAUCCCAUCGUGAAAACAUGUAUAAAUUUGUAAGGAAUUGCCCAGUCUUGAAAUUAUGUUCUGCUUAUACCUCGUGGUGGGAACCUGAUUCGACAGCACUGUACUGAUGAAAGGCUAUAUCAUGGUAUCCACGCCACUUUCAAAGGCUUCAGAUCACCAUGCGGUCCUGCCAUUCCAUUUCUUCUGGACCUAAGCAAAUUUGUAGCUAAAACAUUUCCUCUUAUUGCAUGUAAGGAAAUGAAGCAAUUCUUACGAUUGUUGUGCAUAGACACUCCUGACACAUGACACGAAUUUAGUCGAGGUUGCUCAAUUUCUGCUGUAAAAGAGAAGAUUGGUGCAUAUUUGUUUCAGUCCAUCCUUUUAACUGUUACCGAGCUGUUUGAUAACUUGUAACCUUGCUGAUCAGUGAUGUAACGUUAGCAAGCUUAUAAAAAAAUACCUUUCAUUGUAA